UGCACUCUCUCGUAACUCAUUCUCUGCCGCCACCGGAGGUCAUUGUCCUCCGCCGGAGUUCGAUCACUGCCACCAGUUUCGCUAGAGGUCGCUGGCAACCUUCACCCAUGUUCGUAAGUAGUCGUCGGAGGUCACCGACUGCCGUCGCCUGAAGUUGCCGGCCGCCAACGCGACUGCUGGUGGUUUUGGACGAGCCAAAUGCCAAAUAUUUCUUUCAGCAUCAUUGAAAAUCAUUUUCAACAAAAAAAACAUUUUACAUUGAAAUAAACGGAGGGUAAGAUUAAAAAUGUAAGCUUUAUGUCCUCCCUAAAUGUCUUGGGACAGAUUUCAGACCUUAAAGAUAGAUUGAACCUGGAAUGGCCAUCGCUCCUGCUGGAGGAUAAUUAUGAACUAUGGAAAGAUGAGUGGGAAAACCAUGGAAGUUGCUCCCAAGACAUACUCCCUCAGCAUGCAUUUUUUAAGGCAGCACUCGAACUCAAGGAAAAAUAUAGACUCGAGGAUAUGCUAGCAGAGAAAGAUAUCUAUCCAUAUGGUGAAAUCUACAAAGUAGAUAGCAUUACUGAUGCUAUUAGAACAGCUACAGGGCACAAUCCUCAAAUACAGUGCGACUUGUACAAGAAAAUACCUCUGCUCUCCCAUAUUUUCCUGUGCUUUGACUACAAUGCAACCAAUAUCAUCGACUGCCCCGUAAAAGAGAGAUGCCACCAUGAUGAAAUAAUGAUUCCUUUCUCUACUUGGUUCUUGAAAGAACAAGCGAGGGAAAGAAAAUGGGAGAGGAAAAAUACUCCUGUCCCACAGUUUGCAAACUUGGGAAAAUAAGAGUGAAGAGAAAUUUCCUGGAAUGUAUUUUCCUCUGUUUGUUUAUGUUCAUUGUUCUAGUAA